UUGCCCUUGAUAAAGGCCACCGAAGCCCCGCCCCCGUUCUCUCUCUCUCUUCGCCCCUCCUCGCGCGGAGGCUCGAUGGCGGAGGAGGACGACGUCCGUCUCGAGGUGGAGGCCGUCUUGGCCGUUUACGGCGGUGAUUGCCGCGUGAUCCGCGAGUUUCCGCCCCAUCUCGCCGUCCACAUCCGGCCACGGACUGCUGACGAUUCCUCUCAGCAGUUUGUGGAAGUUAUCCUUGGAAUAAAAUCAACUACUCAGUAUCCAAGUGUGCCACCCCACAUAUACAUUAUAGAUGAGAAGGGACUUGAUGAAAGUCGACAAGCAUAUUUAAUCACUGGCGUGCAGAAUAAAGCAAUAGAACUCCGUUCUUGUUCAAUGCUUGUAGCACUUUGUGAGGAAGCAGUUGAUCUUCUUUCUAACAUGAAUCAUCCUGAAGGAAACUGCCCAUUGUGCUUGUAUCCUUUGGUUGCUGAAGAUCAGUCAGAUUCUACUAUGCCAUUUAUGAAGUUGAUGUCCUGCUAUCACUGCUUCCAUAAUGAAUGUAUUAUCGGGUGGUGGAAAUGGUUACAGACGGAAGACUCAGAAGCAAUUGCAGAAAUUUCAUCUUCUAAUCCUCAAAGAAAAAGAGAUACUUUUGGGGUGUCUGUUGAAAUGAAUCAGCUAAAGGGAACUUGCCCAGUUUGUCGGAAGAUCUUUGAUGAGAAAGAUAUUGUGCAUGUCCAUGAGUAUCCGGAAACAGAUUCAUUGUCCUCGGGUUUUGCAGGAAUAGAAGUGGAUGAAGAUACUUCAUUGUUGCUCCAUUCCGAGUCAGAGAACAACAGAAGACGACACUUUGAGACUCUUCUAAAGUUGCAAAGUGACAAAAAUGGCCUGAUCCAACCCAAGAAGGAUCUUGCAAUAUUACCUGGAAUGUACCUCCCUGAGGUUGCCAUGGUGCCUAUCACAUCUGCAGCAAGCAGUGCCGAACCUCCUACGAUACCACCCACUGCCUCCGCCGGAACCAGUAACAAGCCAGGCAAAGAUGAUGACCAUGAAAUCAAGGAGAAAGAAUCAAGAAACUCGGCAAACAAGGUUACAACGAGCAAACGGAAGACUGCAAUAGCAAGAAAGGGUGGAAAAUACAACCCAAGGCCACACCAAGCGAACAAACAACAAUGGGUAAGAAAAGGAUUCAAUACUUUUGAACAAUAACAUACAUUCUGCGGAUGCAAAAAAGCAAGCACAUCAGUCGAGCAUAAACAAAGUCAUACAAUUAGUAAUAAAUUCUCAUGUUCCAUGUCUAUCGACCACUUAAAAUGUCAUGUUCUGUCAAUAUAGAAUGUGGAGGAGUUCCAUGUUCAGUUUGUUCUUCCUUUAGUUUUUUUUUUCCUUCCAUUUUUGUUGAUUCUUAAUAUUACAUUGAUCUCGUGUGUGCACCCAACUCAUUUUGUGUUAUCUAUUUAUUUGGUUUGUUUAGUUCAA